AUGGCCAAAACGUCGUCUUCAUCUAGGAAACCUACUCGAUCGAGCCAGAGAAAUAAAACGACCAUGUCAAAGCCCAAAUAUGAGGAAGUCACCGAUGUCGCUCAUGAAGAAGAGAGCACUCAAGUCUCUCGUGGAGAGGAGAGCACACAAGUCUCUCAUGAAGAAGAGAGCACUCAAGUCUCUCGUGGAGGUAAGCGCAAAAACAACUCUGCCUCUGGAGCUUCCAAGUCUAAACGAAGCCGACCAGAACUGGGGUCGAAAACUUCGCCGUUCAAAUCGGAAAGUGAAGACGUUGGGGUCCUUGGCGGCGAUGGGAGCGGCUGCCAGAAGACGCCGUCAAAGUUGAAAGUGACCAGACGAGCUGUGCACGGUAAUGGGAAAGAGGAGCAGGAUGCCAGGUUUAUCGGCGAGCCGGUCCCUGACGAGGAGGCAAGACGGCGCUGGCCAAAACGCUACGAAGGGGUGGAGCAAAAACAAGUUGUUUCAAAGAAUUCCAAAGAUGAGAAUGAUUCAGAGAUUAUUCAAGCUCGACGGCACUACACUCAAGCGGAGGUUGAUGGACGUGUGCUGUAUAAUCUUUAUGCUGAUGCUCAUGUCAAAGCUGAAGAAGGGCAGGAUUAUUAUAUUUGUAAGAUUGUAGAAAUGUUUGAGGCAGUUGAUGGGACCUUGUAUUUUACAGCUCAAUGGUUCUACAGAGCUCGAGACACUGUAAUGAAAAAGUUAGGCCACCUUAUUGAUAAGAAGCGUGUAUUUUUUUCAGAGAUUCAGGAUGACAAUCCAUUGGAUUGUCUUGUUGAAAAGCUUAUAAUUGCAAAAGUUUCAUUGAAUGUUGAUUUGGAGGCAAAGAAGAAAAUGAUUCCAUGUUGUGAUUAUUAUUGCGACAUGCUGUAUCUUUUGCCAUAUUCUUCUUUUAUUAAUUUAUCCCCAGAAGAUAAAACAAAUUGCAGUGAAGCUUCAUCAACAAUUUCUAGUGAUGACAUAAAUAGUGUUAACGAAGAAAAAAGUCAGUAUGAGGAAGCCUCUCAGGCUUCAAACAAUAAAAAAUCACAAGUAACAUUGUUGGACUUGUAUUCGGGUUGUGGUGCAAUGUCAACUGGUUUAUGUCUUGGAGCAAAUAUGGCUGGGUUAAAACUUGAGACUAGAUGGGCCGUGGAUUUAAACAAAUAUGCCUGUGAAAGUCUCAAAUGGAAUCAUCCAGAAACAGAGGUUAGGAAUGAAUCUGCUGAAGAUUUUUUAGCAUUGUUGAAAGAGUGGGAAAGAUUGUGUGUUUUAUUUUCGUUGUUGAAAUCUGAAAAUUUGGAGAAACAAUCCUUCAAUCCGUUUGGUAUGGAAGAUGAUGGUGAUGAUGAUGACAAUGAAGAAGAUGAUACUGAAGGUGAUGUGUUUGAAGUUGAAAAGAUUCUAGCUUUAUGUUAUGGUGAUCCCAAGAAGAAGGGGGAACGUGGAUUACAUUUUCAGGUUCGUUGGAAGAACUAUGGGCCGGAAGAAGAUACGUGGGAGCCACUAGAGGGAAUGGAUGAUUGUCGAGAAUGCUUGAAGGACUUCGUUACACAUGGCUUUAACUCAAAAAUACUACCCUUACCUGGUGAUGUCGAUGUGAUUUGUGGGGGGCCCCCAUGCCAAGGCAUCAGUGGGUUUAAUAGGUUUAGAAAUAAGGAAAAUCCUUUACAAGAUGAAAAGAACAAACAACUUAAGGUUUUCAUGGAGAUAGUGGAGUACUUGAAGCCAAAGUUUGUUUUGAUGGAGAACGUUGUUGACAUUGUAAAGUUUGCUGAGGGAUUUCUUGGACGGUAUGCCUUGAGUCAACUAAUUCAUUUAAACUACCAAGUUCGAAUGGGAAUGAUGGCAGCUGGUGCUUAUGGUCUUCCCCAAUUUCGGAUGCGUGUUUUCUUGUGGGGGGCUCGUCCUACUGAAAAAUUGCCACAAUAUCCACUUCCUACACAUGAUGUUGUAGUAAGAGGUGUCAUUCCCCUUGAAUUUGAGAUGAACACAGUAGCCUAUGAUGAAGGACAAAAAGUGGAGUUGGAAACGAAACUUCUACUAGAAGAUGCAAUUGCUGACCUUCCUGCCGUUGGAAAUUAUGAGCAUCAAGAUGAAAUGGACUAUGACAAGGAUCCUCAAACAGAGUUUCAGCGGUUCAUUAGAUUAAGAAAGGAGGAGAUGCCCGGUUCUUCGCCAAAGGCAAAACCAGCAAAACAUUUGCUCUACGAUCAUCGGCCGCUCGAACUCAAUGUCGAUGACUAUCAGCGUGUUUGCCAGAUUCCCAAAAAGAAGGGAGCAAAUUUCAGAGACUUACCAGGUGUUCUAGUACGUGAUGAUAACAAGGUGGAAUGGGACCCCAAUGUGGAGAGGGUUUAUUUGAAGUCUGGGAAACCUUUGGUCCCUGAUUAUGCCAUGAGUUUUAUUGGGGGAUCAUCGUCCAAACCCUUUGCUCGUCUAUGGUGGGAUGAAACUGUACCAACAGUGGUUACCAGGGCAGAGCCUCAUAAUCAGGCGAUUUUACACCCUGAACAAGACCGUGUCCUCUCGGUUCGUGAGAAUGCAAGACUACAAGGCUUCCCUGAUUACUAUAAGCUUUUUGGCCCCGUUAAGGAAAGGUACAUUCAAGUUGGGAAUGCAGUUGCUGUGCCUGUAGCUCGGGCAUUAGGCUAUGCGUUGGGUUUAGCUUACCAAGGAGUUCCAAGCGAUGAGCCACUAAUGAAACUUCCCCUGAAAUUCCCAAACAUUAUUGAAAGAAUUUCUUCUGAAUCAUCUGAAGACAAUUCAUAAUUUGUAUAUCAUCUGACAAACCCAUCAUUCUUGUCUUAGGAUUAUAGUUGAAGUAAUCGUCACAUUGAAGAUUUGGAAAACAUUUAUUUUGUUACUCACAGUAUAUUUAAAAGGUUUAGUUGCAUUA